AUGUCUAAGCAUACCAUCAUCCCAAUUGAUAAGAAUUGGACCUUCAAACAAGCGGACAAUGAAGAUGCCAAAUUCCUGCCUGUCGCACAAUUUCCUACGAAUGUUCAUUUGGACCUCAUCGCCAAUGGCAUCAUACAAGACCCUUUCAUGGGUAAGAAUGAGAAUGACGUACAAUGGAUUGGUGAAAUCGUCUGGACAUACAGAACUACCUUUUCAUCGCCCGCCAUAUUAGCAGAAGAAGAAUCUGGCGUGAAAGCAGUCCUGGCAUUUGAUGGAUUAGACACAUAUGCCACCGUUAUAUUAAAUGGUAACGAGAUCCUCAAGACAGAUAAUAUGUUCAUACCAGAACGGAUUGAUAUUACAUCUCACCUGAAAGACGAAGGAGAGAACGAGUUGGAAAUCACUUUCGAGAGCGCAUAUCUCAAAGGAUGUGCCAUCGUAGAGAAAUACCCGGAUCAUCAUUGGGGCUGUUGGAAUGGAGAUACUUCCAGACUUGCUGUUCGAAAAGCGCAAUAUCACUGGGGAUGGGAUUGGGGUCCAACACUCAUGACUUGCGGGCCCUGGCGACCAAUCAAUCUUGAAGUCUUCUCCUCUCGCAUCUCUGACGUCUACUUCACAAGCAAUGUGGACAAAGCCCUAAAAUCCGCGGAAUUCGUUGCGAAGGCGGAUAUUGAAGGCGAGGCCUCACAAAUCAAGUUCGAUAUCACUCUGCACGGCGACCUUAUUGCCACCAAGACUGUCACCUCUUCUGAAGGUUGUGCUACCCACGCCUUUACAAUUGAAGACCCUGCGCUCUGGUUUCCGAUCCGAUACGGUAAACAGCCAUUGUAUGAUCUUACUGCAACUCUAAUUCAUAACGAUAUAAGUAUAUCGAUGCAGACUAAGAAGUUUGGCUUGCGCAGAGCAGAACUGGUGCGAGAUGCUUUGACAGGCCAACCAGGAACAUCUUUUUUCUUCAGGAUCAAUAACAUUCCCAUUUUCUGUGGCGGCAGCGAUUGGAUUCCUGCCGAUAACUUCAUACCUCGCAUCAGCAAGGAGAAGUAUUAUGACUGGGUCAAGCUGGUAGCCGACGGAAACCAGUUCAUGAUUCGAGUCUGGGGCGGUGGAAUAUUUGAGGAGCAAGCCUUCUAUGACGCCUGCGAUGAAUUGGGUAUCCUCGUAUGGCAGGAUUUCAUGUUCGGAUGCGGAAACUAUCCCGCUUUUCCCGAUUUCCUCGCGUCUGUGAAGAAGGAAGCUGAGGAGAACGUCAAGCUUCUCCGACAUCACCCUUCUAUCGUCAUAUGGGCUGGCAACAAUGAGGAUUACCAAUACCAAGAAUCGGAAGGCCUCACGUACGAUUUCGACAAUAAAGACUCCGAGAGCUGGUUGAAGACCAACUUUCCAGCAAGAUACAUAUAUGAAAAGAUUCUGGUAGAUGCCUGUACUGAAUUGGUGCCGGAUACAUACUAUCACUAUGGAAGUCCGUGGGGUGGAAAAACAACAACCGAUCCUACCAUUGGCGACUUGCACCAAUGGAACGUGUGGCAUGGUUCGCAAGAAAAGUACCAGAAUUUCGACAAGCUCGUGGGACGCUUCGUUUCCGAAUUCGGCAUGGAAGCAUUUCCCAAUAUCAAAACCAUAGAUGCAUUUCUGCCGCUAGGCAAAGACGACCCCGAUCGUUUCGCGCAAUCGUCUACCGUCGACUUCCACAACAAGGCCGACGGACACGAACGUCGCAUCGCCCUAUAUCUAGUAGAAAACUUUCGCUACGCCCCUGACCCCCUCGAACAGUUUAUCUAUUCCACACAACUCAUGCAAGCCGAGUGCCUAGCCAGCGCUUAUCGGCUCUGGAAACGCCAAUGGAAAGGUCCAGGAAAGGAAUAUUGUGGCGGCGCCUUAGUGUGGCAAAUCAACGAUUGCUGGCCCGUAACAUCCUGGGCCAUUGUGGACUACUAUCUCCGUCCCAAACACGCAUACUACACCGUCAAGCGCGAAAUGGCCGCCAUCUCCCUCGGCAUAACGCGCAAAGAACACAUCAUCCCCAAAGACAAAUACACACGCGCACAUCUCACCAAAACCACCACGAUAGAAAUCUGGGGCUCAAACCUCAGUCUCGAAAAUAUCACCGCCGACGUGGUAGUCAAAGCCUUCGACGUCAUAACCGGCGCCGAGACCUUCUCCAAAACCAUCGCAUCCGCAAUCCUGCUACCCGAAAACCGCUCCACCGAAAUCAUCGCCAUGGACGUACCAGUCCAGAAACCCAACAUCGACGCCGAAUCCCGCACCAUUGUCGCCGCAUACCUCAUGCGAGACGGUGUGCAAAUCGCUCGCUAUAUCAAUUGGCCCGAACCGCUAAAAUACGUGCAUCUGCAAAAACCCACUCAUCUACGCGCGCAACUAUCGAAAGAUGGAAAGGUGGUGGAGAUUAGUAGUGAGGUACCGGUUAAAGGAGUAGCGCUUGAGUGUGAAGAUGAGAAUGUCCGGUUUGAGGAUGAUUUGCUGGAUAUUGUGCCGGGAGAAGUGGUAAGAGUGGCGGUUGGGGGUGCGAGUGAGGGGACGGAUGUUACGGUUAGGUAUUUGGGGAUGGUUUAG